CGUUUUGGUUAUUUUGGCAUGUUGUUUACUUGUUUAAUGUUAAUUAUUUGAAAUUUUGAAUUGCGUUUAUUAAUUAAUUAUUAAAUAAAACCAAAAUAGUAUUAAAAUGGUUAGAAAAUUAAAAUUCCACGAACAAAAAUUAUUGAAGAAAGUUGACUUCAUAUCAUGGGAACUGGACAACAAUUUACACGAAUUAAAAAUCAUGAAGAAAUACAUGAUUCAAAAACGAGAACAUUACACUUUGUAUAAUAAGUUAUCAAGAGAAAUAAGGACUCUAGCAGAAAAGAUUAAAAGUUUAGAGCCUAAAGAUCCAUUUCGAAAUGAACGAGGUGCUCAGCUAUUAGAAAAAUUAUACAUGAUGGGAUUAAUAACAACAAAAAGGAACUUUGAACUUUGUUCAAAGAUAACUGCAUCAUGUUUUUGUAGACGCCGAUUACCUGUUAUAAUGGUUCGGUCUAAAAUGGUUCAAACACUGAAAUCUGCUAUCACCUAUAUAGAACAAGGUCAUGUUCGAGUUGGUCCACAGUUAAUAAAAGAUCCAGCAUUCUUAGUAUCAAGACCUUUAGAAGAUUUUGUGACAUGGGUGGAUAAUUCAGCUAUCAAAAAACGUGUUCUUGAAUAUAAUGACCUAAGAGAUGAUUUUGAGAUAAUGUAACAUAAUAGUUAGUAAUUUACUUUAAUUAUAACUGAUAAGUUGCUCUUUUAAAUUUUUAUACAUGCAUAUUUUGUUAGUUAUUAUAAAUAAACCAUGUUUACAUUUAAC